AUGAAAUAUAAUUAUCUGACAUGUUGCCUGGAAUUAUCAGGAGACAUACGAUGGUGUGAUGUGGAUGAAAUUCCUUUUGUUGAUAUUGAACGAUCUCUCAUUCUCACUUUGAACAUCGAUUGGAUUCAAUCAUUCAACAAUGCAACAUACUCCUGCGGCGCAUUUUACCUUGCAAUCAACAAUCUUUCUCGCAGUGAAAGAUUCAAGAAAGGCAUUGAUAUACUCCUUGGGCUAACACCUGGUCUAAAAGGAGUAAGUACAUCAGAUAUCAAUCAUUACCUCAAGCAUCUGGUACACGAGUUUAAGGAGUUGUACAUGGACAAUACAAUCAAGACCCACCAAUGUCCAAAUGCUCUGUUGGUUAUUUCGGAUUUGAUUUCUCAAAAUGGCUUCUUCGUUCUCGGAUUUCUUGAAGCUUCACGAAGUCUUUCAAUGACAAUUCGUGGAAACGAGCCCCUGCCACCAUCCGCCUUGCCAUUAAAAACAAGACCUUUGUCAUUUAUGCCAAAACAUGAAUACGACUGUCUUGUAGGAUACUACCAAGCUGCAUACAAGAAUUCUCGGAUCUCAAGCUGCAAAGAUAUAAUUGAUGACUCACCUUUCGUCAAUGACUGGAUCGAAACGGUGAAGUCUGUUGAUCUUCUUGGUCAGACCUACAAAGGGUGCAUUGGCACAAAUGGCCGAGGAUCAUAUGUACAAGCAUACUUCACUGAACGAACUGGGUCGGAACAUGCGUAUGUUGGAGAGAUUCAGUACCUUUUUGUUCACAACUUUAAGCCAACUGUUUCUUCUCUAACAUACAGACAUCCCCAAAGUAGCCAGCAUGUAUUUGCAUUUGUUAAAUGGUUUAAAACCACCUCUGACAAAACAAGAGAAUUGGAAGGAGUCGAGUUGUUGCAAGAUGAAUUCUACAAGGCAGAUUUCCAAAGCAUCCUGCCUGUACAUCGGAUUCUCAUGACAGUUGCAAUAGUAGACUACAAAACUAUAAGAAACGUCAGCAAAAAACUCGCAGCUCCUUUACCUAAAAGAAAUUAUUAUUAA